ACCGCCACCACCCCGCGCUGCGACAGGCGGCCCCACGGAGGGAAUCCCGGACCGGUGACGUGAGGGCUUCCCCCGGCGCUCGGUUGUGACGUCAGGUGCGCGCCGGCUGCUCGUGGACGCUGCCAUGGGGAAGAGCCGGGCACGGAAGGCGGCGAAGGCGGUCGAUGUUUUCGCUAUCGCCCGCGGCGCUGCUGCCGGGAAGGCCCGAGCGAAGGGCCGGGCGAGGCCCGUCACCUCCGGGCUGAAGAAGAUAAACAUUGCAAAUGCUGAAAAAGUGAGCAAGAUAAAUAAAGCUUUUGCUGAGAUUCAGAAAGAAGUACAGCAGCUAUCGAAAGGUUCUGCAGAGGAACCUCCAAAGAACCCAAAGCAGGUUACCGCACCUUCAGAAGAGGAACCAGCAAACGUGGAUGCUGCCACGAGUUUACUAUCACAGCUGUAAUGCAUAACGGACGAUGAAGAGAUCCCAAGAACUGAAGGUCACACAGGCUUUGUUUGUAAAAUUUUAUUAAAAAAAAAAAUCUUGUUAAUAUACAAGUAUUGGCACACUUUAAUACAAACUACAAACAGACCUUUCCUAUCAUCUAGGAAAGUGGAAUGUCAGAAGUCAGUGUGAGAAACUUAAAGUGCUAAAACAGAAGGCACUUCACAAAAUUGGUUCACUGAAACAAUCAAGCGUAACUCAAGUUGAUAUCCUUCACUUCUCAGCUUGGCAGUGAAAGUUUCAAAGUGGAUGGGAAAACGUUAUAAUAUAUUGAGAGCUUUUCGGCAGUAAAGCUUCAAAGAAAAUGCUGGUAACUGAGAGCAAAGCCUGAUCAUUUUAAGAUAAAAAAUGAUCAGAAGGCUAUAAAGCAUUUUUUGCUUUCCUUAGAAAACUACAAAGUUGUUGGACACCCAGGUGAAAAAUGUGCCAAGAUUCUGAUAAAAAGCCCUUUACUUUUUUUUUCCAGGUGGUUGAAUUUGUUUUGUGAAGUAGUUAAAGGAAGCAAAAGGAAAUAUACUCCCAGAGUCAGUGAACUAAGAAGUUAUACAUUCAUUAUUCAAAUACUUAGAUUAUGAAGAAGUCUAGAAUGUUAUCGUUAGAGGUAGAUAAGUAGUCUGGUUGACAUAACAUCUAAUAAUUUAGUAUCUGCACAUCAAAGAGAUCACAGACUCCUUCAUUAUCAUCCAGGUUAAAGUUGUAGUCAUCUCCAGGAGUAGGAGAGAGUCGUAAGAGAGGAAAAACUGUAAAGCAGGAAUAGUUUAGUUUAAGUUAAAACACUUCUGGAAUAUCAGCCCUAUCUCAUAAUCCAGUAUGUUCGUCAUCACCAGUGCCAGGGUUAGUCUUAAUAAGUAAAAUAUCGCCUUGAUAAUCUGACAAGCGUGCUAGGACACGUACUGUGACUACCUGUACUGCCUUCAAACUAAGGCAGUAAGAAAGCUGUGACAUAUGGACCUGCUCUCUCCUUUUGUAGCAAAGGAACUCCUAGACAGCUUUUGAAAACUCUGUCAAAAAGCCAUCACUUAUAUUUAUCUCCUUCCUGUUACAAUAUUGUAUGUAUCAGUCUUCAGAUAUUUAUUCUGGAUAAAGAAAUUCAUAUUA